UGAGAGUCACCCAAAGCGCCGACAACAUGUAUCAGCCCAUGCCGCCAGAAAACUUAAAUAGCCACAUACUGACAGUGCUCGGCUUGCCGUUGCUGAAUAAGCUGCAGCAGCUGGAGAUCUUGUUUGAGCGUUGCACCGUGCGGCAAAUCCAGGAAAUUUACCCGCUCAUCGUGCACUCCAUAUUCGGCAUUAAUGGCAACCCCUUGGGAUGGGGACUGCGGAUUACGACCAUGGAGAAUGCAUCGCAUUCUUUCAACAGACUGCAGCAUUUCUUUGGUGUCAACGGCAUUUGGAUGCACGUCUGUCACCGGCUUUUGAACGAGACAACCAAAUUCGAUAUUGAUAUCCAUUUACUGCCGCGCAAAUUCAUUGGCAUGCUGCAGGCAGGUCCAAUGUUCUAUGCGGAUCUGAUCAACAUCGAUCCGCUCAAGCAUCAAGUGAGCACGCUGUCCCUCAAUGCCUUCGACUUUUACAUAUUCCACUUUGCGUUGUACGCCCUACAACCACUGCACACCAUCAAUCCCAUUGCGAUGCAGAUACACAAUGAGCGCACAAAGACUAUCUAUCAGUACCUGGCCACCGAGUACCUGGACAACUUUCUGCCACAGUAUCCGGACGCAAGCAUCGAGCCGUCCAAUUUCUCCAGUAGCGUAAAGGCACCGCAACAGAUGCCCGUACAGGCGUUGCAGCCACAGCGUAAGCUGCGUUAUCUCAAACUACCCAGUUCGUAUCGGAAUGGCAACAACAAUGCUAGCGGUGCUGUCAGCGGUAACACCUCACCCCAAUCAGUGGACAGCAGUGACGCUACAUGCCGUGCCCACGUCUGGCGCUCCGAGUCCGUGCUGCAUUUCUUUGUGGACAUCUGGCUGCGCUAUGACAUCGAGUCGGAGCAUCAUCUGCCCAGCAGUGAUUUCGUCAGAGGAGUGCGCACGCUCGUCAAGCAAAUUCAUUUCUUUGCCAAUGCAGCGCAUGUGGAUCACAGUCCGCUGUGUGCGCUCCGCAAACAAUCUCUAACCAUGGUCAAGGUGAGUAUUUAUGGCUUUCUCUGCAGUCUCAUCGACCGAUGGCCGUUGGACUCCUCUCUGAGCGUUGUGCUGGAGCUUUGGCUCAGCUACAUACAGCCCUGGCGCUACACUUUGGGUUCCAACAACCACAGGACCGUGGGCGUUUUAUAUGAGCCACCUAUUACGAACGCGUUCGACGGUUUCAUCAUGGACAAUCUGAUUGUCUACACUCACAUCUUUAUGUUGCUGCUGCCGCGCUUUGAGCGCCUGGAUUACACCGUUUAUCGCAAUGCAUACAUGCUGCAUCGACUGGUCAAGACUUUUUCACAGCAGGAUUUAGUUCAGCGUCUGCAGCGCUUUGAGCGACUGCACACGGGCCAUAACUAUGGCGUUGAUUCACCGCAGCGUCAGGUUAAUAUGUUGAACAAAUCCCUCAACAACUCGUACAAUGCGCAGUGGAAUCCAUCGGUUAGCUCCGACAUGCCCAAGCUAUUUAGCGAGUCCAUGCAUAUGAAAAUUCAUAAUUUUUUAUAUCUCAUCAGCAUGGUGCGAAAUUCUGUGCUAACGAAUAUCAUUAGUGCGCUACGUAAAGAAAUUUUGGAACGUCAACGGUCGGAGGGUUAUCUUAAAAAUCUCUUCAAAAAGUUCAUUGGCGAAUCCUCACAAGACGAGUUAACGUUGCGUGAUAUAAGUCGUAUACCAGAGGUUCUGCGUCAAUGUAUAGAUGCCUUCUGUCGGACUUUUGAUGUGGAUCAGGAGUCGUUGUCUAUGCACGAAUCACUGCAAACGGAGGCCAGUCCAACGGCCUCGCCUUCAUCGCAAAACUUUAGCUUUUUUGAUCCAAACAAUAGUAUAAACUCUUCAAAACUGACACCGAUGCAAAUGUCGCUAAACGCGUCAAACAUGCUGGACACCGUCGAUCCUGCGCUGUUGCCCAUAAAGAGCAAUGAGAUUAAGCCGCUGGUGAAAGUGCUGCACAUCAUAUCAGAGAGUAUCAACGAAAGGUUUGGUAGCCGCUUGGAAGCCUGCUACGAGCGCGAAGACUUUUUUGGAAAGCUGGCACGACAAAUGCUGUGCGCGCCCAUGACGGAAAAGUGGUUUGAAAAGAGUAGCGGAAAUGUGGAAUUUUAUGAGAAGCAGCUACCCGCUCGCGUCAGUCUACGUCCACUUGCCUCUAUAUCCUCACUUUGCCUGAUGGCAAUAUCACUAUGUUUUGGACACUUUUGGUGUGGUUUUCCCUCAGUUGGAAUUCUCAUUUUGUGUGUUGUGUUCUUGAUGUAUCGCAUUUUGUUGGCGGUGUUGUCUUAAAAAGUUCGUUGAUGUAAUUAUUGAAUUAAAAUUAUUAUAAUCUUUUUAUAA